AUGAUUAAUAAAUUUUUUUAUUAAUAUUUUUUAAUCAUACUUCUACUAUGUGUAAAGUAGACAUAUUCAACUACAGCAAGUUCAUAUGACUUCUUAUUCUAGUAAAUUUAAUUCCCAACCUACCUCUUCGCUACCAAAUAAUAGAUUUCUUCCACAGCAUCCAACAAAGAUUACACAGUCAUCUCUUAUCUCACUAGUGGAAUUAAGUGGAUCGACAAUAACAAUUAAUAACCAAUUAAUAAUGCUAUUGUCUCUUUGGCAGGAACAACUAUUAGCGCAGUUGCUAUUACCUAAGACAGCUAGUAUCUUUUCACCUCAAAUGAUAAUAGGCUUUCUAUGUAUUCUGUUUCUGCUAAUUAAAAUUUCAAUUUAGCUUUGAUAAAGCAGAGUUCAGAACAAUAUGGUGUCAUCACAAAUAUCUAUCUCAUCUAAAAUGACAAAAUAGCAAUUAUUCUAGGUGAUAAAGGCGCUAUCGUUGCUUACGAUAUUUAGUCUAAGGCCUCAUCUGAUCCCAUGCCCAUUUUAGCAACCUUUUUUGCUAAAUCUAAAAAUAUUUAGGCAUUCAUAAGAAUCACUGAUGACUUAAAAUGGAUUUUUGUUGCUGACUUAUCUGCUGGUGUCUAUGUACUUAAGUUAACAAUUACUCUUGAUUCAAACUAAAAGGUCACUGCGGUAACUAUGCCUUAAGCUGCUUGGGCCUACGCUCGUUAUACUAAUUAAGUUGAAGUUACCAAAGAUCUUAAAUGGAUGAUUAUCCUUGAGUCUUGGAGAGGACUAAGAUCCAUUUCUUUGGAUACUUUAUUUGCAGCAGAUCCCUCUACCUAUCCAAUUACUUUACCAAAUCGAGACCUUUGGUGGUAUAAUUUGCUUCAAUAACCUGUUUUUUAUGGAUCAUAUCUCUCUAAGGAUUCUAAGUACUUAAUAACAGCAAUUCGCUCUUAAGGAAUCAUGAUCUUUGACGUUAGCCAACCUUCUAAUCCAGUUUAAUACUACUAAAUUAAAAUCCCAGGUUGCCCAACCAGAAUAGAAAUGGUUAAUACUUAGAAUCUACUUUUUUAUACUGACGGCAUAUAACUCUUGGCUUUUUAGAAAGUCUAACCUAAUAUGAAUAAUAACUUUCCAAACAUUUUUAAUGGCCAUUAAUCAAAGCUGUUUUCUUAUUCCUCUUAGUUUGCUCAAUGGAGAUGCUAUGUUUCUUAAGAGUAAACCUUUAUUAUAGCUUCAUAGUGUAGUGAUUUAGAUUUCCUUUAACUGAAAGGUGGAGAUCCUUACAAUAUCUCAUUAUUUAAGAGAAUGAGCGCAGUCCAAAAUACUAGAACUUGUACUUUGGCUUUCUAUGAUAAUAACCGCUACAUGUACAGACCAGUUAGAGAAAAUGGAGCUUUCAUGUAUAUUUAUGACAUUCAAAAUAUCGCUAAUUAUGCAAAGACUGAUUUCCCUAUUGUUGGAAGUGUUAAAGAUAGUAAUCCACCAAGAGGAGAAGAUCUUUAAUUUUCGAAGGAUGAAAAUCUGUUAGUUGUCAAUUACAACUAAGGAGUUGUUAUUUUCGAUUCAACAGACAAAUUCAAUUUGAAAAUCUUAAGUUACUGGAACAUUCCCUUAUAAUUGAAUGGAUACACUUCUGCGAUUGCUUUAACUGAUGAUAACAAAUACUGCAUAAUAGCAUCAAGAACGAUAGGAAUGUUUUUUUUAGUUGAUAUUUCUGAUCCUACAAAACCGAAUCUUGUUAAUUAAACUUAUACAAACGGAGCUGAGUUAGUUGUCAAAUCUUCAAUUUACACAAACAUUGCAUAUGUAUGCGAUGGUACUUCAGGUUUUGCAAUUCUUGAUUUAUCAGCUUUGCCCUAAUUUAAGUUUAUAAGCAGAAUUGCAGUUGAUGGAUGGUGUAAUCAUAUGACUUUGAUCCAAAAUGAAAAGUAUACAAUAGUAUCUUCAAUGGACUACAAUGGAAUGAUUAAUAUCAUAGACCUUAGUGACUUGAACAAUCCUUUUGUAUUAAGCAAAUAUACUGAAUUUAAUGAAUAAUCUAUUGCUACUUGUGCGCUUAAUAAUUUGGAAUAUGCUUUUUCUACAAGCAAUAAAGGUUUAAGAAUUUUCCCUCUCAAGAGUUAAGUUGCUAUUCAUUCUUCAUUUUUUGAAAUUCAACCAAAUAAUCAGCUUAAAGCAAUAUCGAAUAAUCUUAAAAUAGGUUAAAAAGUUUUAAUACAACUACUGCUUAUAUAUGUUGUUGAUGGAAUGCAAAUUAUGGAUGUGUUCUACUAUAAUAACUACUAAAGAAACGCUCUGCCAAGCUGGAUCCAAUUCAUAUAGAUAAAUAAUUCUAUAGAAAUUUUAGUUGACAAGUAAGGAUCUUAGUCCUCAACAACUUCUACUCAAAAUUUACUCCUCGUCAAAACAGGAAUUCCUAUAACUAGCCAAAGCUUUAUAUACCCUGAAAUACCUACAGAUGCAAAUGCAAGUCAGUAAAUAUAUAUAUUCCUUAAAGAGAGUGGAAUUAUUUCAAGUAAUAAUUUAGUAUCCUCAACCUUUGAUCCUAAUACUCCAAUUAACUUAUCUUCUUUAUCAGUUCCAUAGGUACAACGCUUACUAGAUUUGGUUACUCUCACUUUAUAACGUGGUAUCUAUUAUAAUCCUAUUGCCUUUAAAGUUUCAAAUUCUCUGUCAUUUGAUCCAACUAGUGAUCAAAUGGUUUAAACCUAUUCUUAAGAUGUUACAGUUUAAAUAACAAUAGAUGUUCAAAAACCUUCUGAUGGUACAUUUGUUUAGAAGCAGUAUCCAGGAGUUAUUGUAUCGAUUUCAAAUAAUGGCGCAACUAUUUUAAUUUAUGGAAAUAUCGCUUCUGUAAAUUCCAUAUUAAAAUAAAAGAUCUAUUUCUACAUAGAUAAAAAUUUAGCUUAAAAUAACAAUUUUUAGGUAAGUAUGAUAAUCACUGAUAAUUUGAAUCCAAAUCUUAUAGUUAAUUAUUCUCUUUCUGAUGUGAUCACAACUUUCAUACAUUUAAAAUCUUAUUUGGUUCAAACAAUGCCUCUAUAAAGUUAAAUAAAUGAAUAAUAUGAUAGUGCAGAAAUAACUGUCCUCGAACAAACAACAAUAACAUUUUUAGCUAACACUUUCUAAGAUUAAGACAGGUUCCCUAUAAGCUAUGAAGUAGAAAUAUUAACUAAUAAAUAAAACACUUUUGUUGCGCUUUCUAGUGACUAUUGGCUUAAAUUCUAACCAGUUUCAUUGUCUUUUAAUGGAAUAGCUCAAUUAUCUUUACUAAACUCAUAAGUAACUAUAAAGAUGACUGCAACUGAUGGAUACUCAACUUGUAUUGAUUAAUUUACUAUAAAGCUUUAUAAACUUCCUUUAACAUACAUAAUAAACCUAUUACUAUAAAUACUAACUCCUAUAAUUAGUAUGCUUGGUGUUUAUAAAUAUAGAUACAUUAUCAUCAAUUCUAUUUACAGUAAAUAAGUAACAUACUCAAGAGAGCAUAUAAAACCUGAUAAUUUAUUUAUAAAGUGCAUUCCAUUACUUGAUUAAAAUGUAUUACUUGGUUAAUACAUUGUUAAAUAGUAUAUAAAAGAGCUUGAAAAAAAUAACUAACAAAUAGAAGUAAGCUAAGGAGACAUGAAAUCACAAAUUAGUAGAUCAGAUAGUUCCCCUAUUGCUAUAAGUAAAGACUAUACAGGAGUUGCUACUUCUUUUAAUCCUAAAAAAAUAGGAAAUGAAAAAGGUGUAAAUUUAUCAUAACAGAAUGAAAAUUAAUUUGACUGUAUUAAGGAGUAAGAAGAAGUACAAAAUGGAAAAUAUUAAUUUUAAAUGCCAGAUGGUAAAAUUGAUAUGGUCAAACUUUUAGACGGUAUGGAGAAAAUAAAUCUUACAUAUAAAUUCUUUGGUGUAUAGAGAUUUUUUAGUAGUGAUAGACAACAAAUUUUGCAAAGAAACGAAAGUUUGAUUUUUGAGAGUAUCAAAAUUCUGAUGCAAAGAUAUUUACUUAGUAAAAAUAAAUAGCUGAUGGAUUUCUACUAAUUCCUGUAAAGCGAAGCAAAAAAAACUGGAGUAUUCAGUGAAAAUGAUUGGUAUAGAGAAUAUGUAGAUAUUGGAAUGAGUGAAAAUUAUCAUUUAAAAGAAAAAUCAUCUGCUGAUGAUAUAACAUUAAGGGAAGUUUUCUAAUGCUUUAGUGUAAAGGAAGAGUCCGUUUUGGAUUAGUUUAAGCUCUACAAGAAUACAACUAAAGAAAAAAAUUAACUUGUGAUACUUGAAGAAAAUAAUUUAAAUUUAUUAAAAGAUGUUUUGAUAGGAGAUGCAAUUGGAAUUGUUGACCAAGAUCCCUAAUUUUUUAAAAAGUGUGUAGGAGAAUCUUUAUGGUUGGGAAUGCAAAACAUCAUGGGUAUCUAGGCUCAUAUUAGAGAUAUUGAUAGCUGUAUCCUUCCUAUAAAAAAAUGUAUGAACUGUGAUUUUUUACCUUAUGGCUUGCAAAAUAACAUGAAAUUGCCAAAUUGGUUAAGCUUUGUUCAUAAAAAUGGUCUUAUAAUCUUAAAGGGGACUCCAACAGAAAGUGAUUCAGAAAUUUUCCAAAUUAGAGUUUCUGACAUAACAAAUUAUGUAGUAAAAAAAUUUGAUAUUGAAGUUUUGCCAUCUCAAGCUAAAAAUGGUUUAUUAAGCUUUUAAAAGUAGUUUGAAAAAUAGAAAACUGAAACAGAUAGGUUAACUGUGAGCGCUUUAACAAAUAAAAGAAAUACAAUGAAUAUCUAGGCAUUACUUUAAAAAUCAGCAAUGUAGAUGAGUGAUAAAUCAAAUAAAUAAGCUUAGAAUUUAUAAUCAUAAAAUCAGAAUGCUCAUUAAACUGAAGAAAAACCAGCCAAAUCUGUAUUUAACAAAUAAUAAAUAAUUGAUGACGAAUAGCAUGAUACUAUUGAAUUUACAAAAGGUGAUGCUUCCCCAUGUAGUUAACCUAGAGAAUUGUUUUUUUCAAAUAAAUCACAAAAUUUAUAUAAUUUAGAUCUAAAAAAUUAAAAUAUAUGA